AUGUAUGCUUUUGCCAUCGAAACUGGUGUAACCCUACAUGAAUAUGGCUCUCUCUUCCCCUUUUUUCAGGAAAUAGUUCCCUUGAAUGCCGGAAAUGUGUUAGUGAUAGAAGACAAUGAGCCAGAAGCAAAAUGGCUAGCUCUCAUCAACCAGGCCCUGAACAAAACUUCAGAUGUCAACACCUCCGACAGUCCAAGCCCCCCCCUAGACUACUGUCCCUUUCCUUCUCAAGCUUCUGGAAAAAAAUCCAUAUCCAAAGUUUUGAAGCCCAAUGGUGGUCUACUAUUCUUCGAGAAGCCUUCUCUUAAAAAGGUCAGUAGAAUCUUAAAGGUACAGGAGGGAAGAGGCCUCAAGAGUUGCAAUUGCCCUUCUGAGUUCGAAAGAAAGUAUAGUAAGGGCUCCUAUUUUAGAUGCCAAGGAGUUUAUAUUGGUGAAGAUGACUCUUCCUCAGAAAACGAAGAUGGUUCAAAUAGUUUCCUAAUGGCAGAGAUCACCACUAACCAAAUGAAUAUUAUAGCCAGCAAGCAGAUGGUGGGAAUUUUUGUCACUGUUUGGGCAAGGAAGGAACUUGUUCAGCACAUUGGACACUUGAGACUCUCCUGCGUUGGCUGUGGAAUAUUGGGAUACCUUGGAAACAAGGUGUGUAUUCAUUUUGUUGUUAUAUAAUUGUAUUGACAUAUCUUUGAUACAGAGGUAAAGAUAGAUUA